AUGCUGGAGUGUACCUACAGUAAAAACUUCGUAAGCAAAUGCAGCACAGUGCUGCAUUUAAUGCAAACAAGUGUUUCUCUUUGGAAAGCCUCUCUGGAUACAGCGCAACAAGGUGGUGCACCACGAGGCCACAAUAACGGUGGAAAGCUUGGUUGUUGGGCUGUGAGGAACGCUGAGCUGGCAACUACGAGCGCUAGCAAAAAGGGAAAGAGCGCCAUCUUCAUGCAAAACUACAGGGCAUGUACCUGCAGCUUUCCAUUAGUCAACUGGAGCAGCCUGCGAAAGAGUCAUCCGGACCAAGGAGGAGCUUACGGAAGUCACCGAGAUCUACUGAACAGUCGGCAUUUAUCAAAAGGUUUAUGA